AUGAAUGAAUUUCUCAAAAGAAAAUCAUCAAUAGACCAAUCAUCAUCACCAGUCCAAGAAAGUAAAGCCAAUGAUAAAGAAAGUGAUCCAUUAAAAGAAAGUCAUGUAGAACUAGAAGCCAUCUUGAAAGGUCUUCCAUCUGAUCCAGCUCUACGGCCUAAAAUCAAUUAUUAUCAUCCUAAUUAUAGCGAUGCAAUUCGAAGAUUUUACUUGCAAAAGAGUUCUUGCCAGCCUCAAAAUCAUGCAUUUCCACUGACAAAAUUUGGAAAAGGAUAUCGUCGAUUUAAUCCUGCUUGGUUUGAUGUGUAUGGCAAUUGGCUUGAGUAUAGUGUGACCAAAGAUGUUGCAUUCUGUUUGUAUUGUUAUCUUUUUAGACCUGCCAUUAUAAGCCAAGUUGGUAGUGACGCUUUCGUUAGUGAGGGAUUUUGUAAUUGGAAGAAACCAAAACGCUUUCAAAUUCAUGUUGGCCAGUCAAAUAGUGCUCAUAACCAAGCACGACAGAGUUGUGUGAAUUUAAUGAAUCAAAAGAUUGAAUACCGAACUCGCUUGACUGCAUCCAUUGUUUGCAUUAGAUUUAUUUUGCGUCAAGGGUUGGCAUUUCAGGGUCAUGCUGAAACUGAAGACUCGAAGAACCAAGGUAACUUUCUCGAUAUGAAUCUUAAAUUGAUAGCACCAGUGAUUCAGAAAGAUAUUGUGAAUACUGCGGCAAAUGAAACCACAAAAGCUACAUGUGAUCUUGGAGAUGACAUAUUUUUAGUUUUGAUUGAUGAGUCUCGUGAUGUGUCAAUUAAAGAACAAAUGGCUAUUGCCAUACAUUAUGUAGAUAAAAAGGGUCAUGUACUUGAGCGAUUUCUUGGCAUUGUACAUGUUAGUGACACAACUGCAGUAUCACUUCAGAUGGCUCUUGAGUCAUUAUUUUGUAACUAUGGAUUGAGUUUGUCAAGAUUACGUGGACAAGGUUAUGACGGGGCAAGUAAUAUGCAAGGAGAAUUUAAUGGUCUGAAAAGUUUGAUUUUGAGGGAGAAUGAAUAUGCUUAUUAUGUUCACUGUUUUGCUCACAAACUUCAGUUGACACUAGUAGUUGUUGCAAAAAAUCACAUUUCUGUUGCUUCGUUUUUCAGCUUGGUUACUAAUUUGAUAAAUGUUGUUGGAGGUUCAUGUAAGCGUCGAGACAUGCUUCGGGAGAGCCAAGUUAAUAAAUUUGUUGAAGCACUAGAAAUUGGUGAAGUUAGCAAGGGACGAGGUUUGAAUCAAGAGACAAGUCUAAAACGAGCUGGUGAUACACGUUGGGGCUCGUAUUAUUAUACAUUGAUCAACUUAAUCCUUUUGUUAUCCUCUGUGGGCGAUGUGCUUGAGGUUAUUGAAGAAGAUAGGUUAAAUCCUGAACAAAGGGGUGAAGCAUAUAUGCAACUUCAAGAACUUAACACUCGUUUCACUGAGGUUAGUACUGAGUUGCUUCUUUGUAUGGCAUGUUUAGAUCCAAGUAAUUCAUUCUCUGCUUUUGACAAACAUAAUUUGAUCUGUUUUGCCCAGUUUUAUCCAUCUGAUUUUUCUGUAUUUGAGUUGAUGGUACUUGAGAACUAG